AUGGCUGAGUUUUUACCAGUACUACUCGACCUGUCUCGCUUCUUGGCUAGGACCAGCUUGGUGUUCCGCAAUUUGCUGUUCCAAAUACGAGGAUUCCACGGAUUAGGAUCCGAGGAUUUACCAGCGGCGUCUGAACGGAAGCUAUUCCGAGCCUGGUUCGGCCUUGGUGAAUUGUUGGCGGUACUUCUUCAAACGGACAAAAUUAUCGAAUGCCGACCAGCGAUACGGAAUGACUGGAAUAGCUAUUCUCGAGCAAUGGGUACUGCUCAACACAACCCGGCGCAGUUCGGGGUAACCGUUGAAGAAAUCCGCCCACUGAUUACAACCAUCGCUACGAUUGAUGGGCAGGUCAUGGCCGGAAACGGUCUUCGUAAUUGCUACGAACAAAGCUAUGGGGAACUAGACGAUGACAAGAAGUUUGCUGCACGAAUGCGAGCCGCCAUCAUCGAGAUCUAUAACCAGUGGGAGAAAGCGGCAGUGUGGAUUCAUUGGGGAUUACAACGAGAUCGUGAAAAGUCGACGUUUUCGGCGAAUAAUGGCGCUAUUGCUCGCGCCAAUCGCGCGAUUGGAUCGCCAACUGUGAAUGUGACCUAA